AUGUUGGAGCCUAGCGACCUGGGGGGUGGGGUCCACUUCUGGGCCUACAAGGAGAAAUUCAUCAGCCUGUACUGUCGCUUAUCCUCCGUGCUGGACCUGGACGCCCUCAUUACCCAGCAGGCAUUGCGGGAGGCCAUUACCGACGUGGAGGUGUCCGGAGCCAAACAGAGGCACCAGCUCAUCCUGGACUACAUACAGCAACUGGACGAGAUGUGGCGGGACCUGCGGUGGAUCACGGAUGCGCUGCAGUACGCCCGCUACAAGCACCCGCGCGGCGGCGUGCCCAUCACCUGCCUGGUGAGCGCCACCCGGACAGAGAGCGACCCUCAGGACCCCAAGACGGACUCCACCUCCUCCACCAUGGACUACCUGCCCACCCCGUCGCCCUCGCCCGAACUCCGCCGGCGCACCGCCGCCAACGACACGGCGCUGGGCUCUGAUGACGACGGCUCCUCGGAGGUGUUCCUGCCCACCGACAGCGACUACGACUCCAGUGACGCCCUGAGCCCCCGGGACAUGGACCUGCUGUACUCCUCGGCCCAGGACCUCUCCACCCAGGCCCUGCACUCACUGGGGGGCAGCGCCCCCGACGUGCUCCAGAUCCAUGAGAUCAGAUUCUCCAAAGACAUGCCCCUCUCUCUCCCCCUCUCCCCCUCCCCGGUGGACGCCGCCGCAAAGACCCUGGAGACCCUCUCCCUGUCCCCCGGCGACCCGGACCCCCGGCCCCCCGCCACGCCCCUCCGCGCCCUGGCCAACCCCCCCAGCAAGCGCAAGCUGCUCUCCCGGAGCCACAGGGGCCAAUACUUCAGCGGGCCCCAGCGCUGGCUCAGGGGCCACGGCGGCGGCGGCGAGGGCUACACGGGCUCCCUGUCGGAGGGCGUGUACACCCGGCAGAGGAACCCGGACCUCCCCGGCCCCGGGGAGCUGGCGUCCCCUCAGGGGCCCCCCUUCGUCAGCCAGUCGUCCUGCCUGCUACUGGAGAGCCGGCGGGGCCGCCACAGGGACCAGCGGCCCCACGUGCGCCGCAUCUUCGUGGAGCCCUGCAAGGAGGCGUCCCCCGGGCACGAGACGACAGCCCUACACCCCCCGGCCUUUGGCGCGUGUCCUUCGGAACAUCCACGGGCGCACAGCCCUCCUCUCCCCCUCCGCUGGUACACAUCCAACCGCACCCCCCCCCCAACCGCCCCGGGCCCCACCCGGCAGCCGCUCAAGGUCGGUGGGCUUUCUCUCCAGGCUGGGGCCCCCCUGGGCAGCAUCAGCAGUAGCAGCUAA